ACUGCAGAGACGGAGUCGUGAGGGCUGUCACCGUUGGAGGAAACCUCUUAAAGGGCCAGUCCACCCCCCUCCCCAGUAAUGCUGCCGCCGCCGUUACUCCUGCUGGGCCUCCUGGGGCUGGCCGGGGCCGCCGAGCCCCAGGUCCACUUCAAGGAGCAAUUCCUCGAUGGAGAUGCUUGGGGAGAACGUUGGGUAGAAUCCAAGCACAAGUCUGACUUUGGCAAGUUUAAACUGACGGCUGGCAAAUUCUACGGCGAUGCUGAAAAGGACAAAGGCCUGCAAACAAGUCAGGACGCCCGGUUCUACGCCUUGUCUUCCCGUUUCGAUUCCUUCAGUAACAAGGAUCAGACGCUGGUGGUGCAGUUCACGGUGAAACAUGAGCAGAACAUUGACUGUGGUGGUGGUUAUGUGAAGCUGUUCCCCUCUGGCCUGAACCAGGCUGACAUGCAUGGGGACUCCGAGUACAACAUCAUGUUUGGCCCAGACAUUUGUGGCCCUGGCACCAAGAAAGUCCACGUCAUCUUCAACUAUAAGGGCAAGAACGUGCUGAUCAAUAAAGACAUCCGUUGUAAGGAUGAUGAGUUUACCCAUUUGUACACACUGAUCGUGAGGCCGGACAACACCUAUGAGGUGAAGAUUGACAAUAGCAAAGUGGAGUCAGGGACGCUGGAGAGUGACUGGGACUUCCUGCCCUCGAAAAAGAUCAAGGACCCUGAGGCCAAGAAGCCAGAGGACUGGGAUGAGCGGGCCAAGAUUGAUGACCCUACAGACACUAAACCAGAGGACUGGGAGAAGCCAGAACACAUUCCUGACCCCGAUGCCAAGAAGCCAGAGGACUGGGACGAGGAGAUGGAUGGGGAGUGGGAACCACCUGUGAUCCAGAACCCAGAAUACAAGGGUGAGUGGAAGCCUCGACAGAUUGAUAAUCCUGACUACAAGGGCAAGUGGGUGCACCCUGAAAUUGACAACCCAGAGUACACCCCUGACUCCAACCUCUAUGCUUAUGACAGCUUUGGUGUCCUGGGCCUGGAUCUUUGGCAGGUCAAGUCUGGAACCAUCUUUGACAACUUCCUCAUCACUAACGAUGAGAAAUACGCAGAGGAGUUUGGGAACGAAACCUGGGGUGCCACCAAGGAGGCAGAGAAGAAGAUGAAGGAGCAGCAGGAUGAGGAACAGCGGAAGAAACAAGAGGAGGAAGACAAGAAGCGGAAAGAGGAGGAAGGGGAGGAUGAGGUGGAUGGGGAUGAUAAUGAGGAGGAGGAGGAUGAAGAUGAAGAGGAGGAGCCUGAGAAAGAGGAGGAGGAGGAAGAGUCAGAGGGGCAGCCCAAGGAUGAGCUGUAGGGGGCCACUGUCUGGCUGGGGCCUAGGACUAAGGCCAAGGUGCCCCAGAGGGGCCAGGGCCCACGUAAUGUCUCUAUGAGACUGGAGAACUGUUUCCUUUGGGGUUCGGUUUUUGUUUUUUGGUUUUUUUUGUUGUUUGGUUUUGUUUUUUGGUUUUUUUUUUACUGGUGUUCUUUCAGUUUCUUCCUCCUCUCCCUGACCAGCUGCUGCCCCUCUGCUCAGGUCUAUGCCCACUUAUUCACCUGACUCCUAGCCCCCUUUCUGUCUCCUGAAGGUGGGCAGUGAGCAUGAUAUGAUUGGGGUUUUAUUUUUUUUCCUCCCCCCUCCUUUUAAAAAUCUCCUGAGGGCUUUAAAUCCAGGAGUGGGCAGCUCUGAGACAGCUUGAACCAAGGGUCUCUUCAGCAUCACCAAAAGUUGGGGGGGGGGACGGUGGGGUGGAAUGGACCCACCAAAUCUGGGCGUCAAACCCUACAGAGGUUUGUUCCUUCUUCCUUGAAGCGUACCAUUGAUUCACCCACAUCUGAGCAUAGUUAAAAUCUAUCCCCAACCAUGUACCCCCACUGUGCCCCCCCCCCCCCCCAAAAAAACAAAAAAAACCCACACCUAUUCAUGCAUAUACAGAACACCAAAACAGAGAAGCUGUUAGUGGAAUGAAAGAGCACGGGUGGGAAGGGGUCAGUGUGGGGAGUUUCUUUCCUCAGCAUCCCCCUUCUGCCUUGUGUAAGGAUGGGAGGCUCAGUGCCACCAUGGGGAAGCAGCAUUUAUUGGUCUCCUGUGUGUGGGACGUUCAUGUACUUGCUCAUUCACAAUGUAUGAACAACAGCAGAAGCAAAUUUCUAUUAAAUUAAGUUUUGUCUCCC